AAAAAUAUUUUCAGCACAGCUGAUUAGACCUUUUUUAUUAAUUCAUUCACGUUUUGACGCUUCUUUUACCACCAUUCCACUGUAAAAAAUAAUUGAAAUGUCCCAGUUUUAUUAAAGUGAUCACGUUAUGAACAAAAAAAGACAAUAGAGGGUAUAAUGAAGACAUUUUUCAAUUUAUGAGAAAUUCAGAAAAAAUCAAUAAAAAUUACUUUCAUCAUUUGAGUGAUUUGAUGACUAUAAGUUGCCAAAAUUUGGUUUAAAUAUGGCACCAACAUUAUUAUUCGGAACUAAUAAUGAAGGACGAGCAUACGCACUAUCGACUGGAAAUUCAGCUUGGAGAGAGUUUUUAUAUUUAGGAUUAGAAUUUAAAAAGUUGUCAGCUGUUCCUCAUUUUAUAUGGGCAAUAGGAGGUGAUCGACAGGUUUAUUUGCAUGUUCAUUCUUUGGAUGUACAGAUAAGAGUUUGUGAGAUAAGUUAUGAAAAUGAACGCUGGUAUCCUGGGAGUGGAUGGAGUCAAAGCUUAUUACCGACUGAUCGUCCGCGAUUUAGUACUGACGAUGGACUAUUUGAUAGGGAUAUACAAAAGAUUAGAGUCCCAUCACUAGCAUGGCAGUGGGAUGGUGAUUGGCAAUUAGAUUUAACGCUUGAAGGGCAGCCAUUAAAUCAUGAUGGAUGGACAUAUGCAGUAGAUUUUCCAAGACAAUAUCAUCCAAAAAUGUCCACAUUUACGUGUGUUAGACGUCGUAAAUGGAUUCGUUUUAGAAAGUAUUGUGCAUUAAAUUCAUGGUGUGCAAUCGGCCCACUUCAUAAAGAUCCAACUGAAGAGCCAUUCAUAGACUGUGCGAUUGGUGGAACAAGUUUGGAGAAUGGCGUAAUGCUUGUUUGGGCAGUAACCAGUCACGGUCGUGUAAUGUACAGAAGUGGUGUUUCGACUACAUCACCAGAAGGUCGCAAGUGGAUUCCAAUUUCUACAGAAUGUGAAGUCUCACAAAUUAGUGUUGGAGCAUCUGGAAUGGUUUGGGCUUGUUGUCACAAUGGAAGAGCACUUGUUCGAUCAGGUGUUUCUAGAGAUAAUGUUCAAGGAAAGACAUGGCUAGAAGUUCCACCACCAAAGAAUGAUUUGAAAAUAAUUCAAAUUUCAGUUGGAACUGACGCAGUUUGGGCGAUUACGAACGAUAAUCAUGUUUGGUUUAGAAAAGGUGUUAAUGGUGCAUUGUCAGGCAUUAGUGAAGAUGCCGCUAUUGGAACUGGAUGGAUUGAAAUGGUUGGAAACAUGUCUUCAAUAUCUGUUGCUGCAAAUGAUCAAGUGUUUGCUGUCGGAAGUGAGGACAGAAAUAUUUACUUUAGGAGUGGUGUUACACAUGCUGAUCUAACGGGAAAGAAAUGGAAGCAAAUUCAAUGCCAAAUGCAAAUGAGUAGAAAUUCUAGUAAUAUGUCAUUAAGUCGUAGAAGUUCAAGUGGAUCACCUAGUCGACAUCGAAGCUUAAAUAGCUUGAAAUAUCAGCAGCAAGAGAGUCAAAUAUCGAUUCAAGAGGAUGAUGAGGAGCAAUCGAGAAGUGCACCGACUUGUAAUCGUCAAAAAGUCGAAAUGUGGGAAAAACCAAGUCAAGAUCGAACAAUAAAAGAAGACUUGGAGCAUGUAGCAAGUAGUUGUCCUGUAAACAAUGAAGUUUAUGAAGUUUCGGGAAAACAGUUGAAAAAUUCUCGUGCAUGGAGUCCAAUUCGUUCAGUUGGCUCUGUUGUAGCAAUUGAAGCGCAUCCAGAAUCAGAUUCUGCUGUUUUUGAAGCGGAAGGAUCAAAUCGUGAUUCCGGUGUUUUUGGUGAAGAUGAUUUUGUCGGUUCUCAGUAUUGGACAGAAUGCGAUGUCGUUUGGAACAAUGUAGCUGCUGGUGCUGUAAGUGUUAAUCCUAAUCAACUACCAAAUUGGUUUAGUGAUACUUCCGAUGAUGCACAAACAGAGCUUCUAAAACCUUGGAGGGUUCAAAUUUUAAAAAAUCUGCAAGAAAGAAACAGCAAAGAAAAAUCCGGCUAUGAGGAAUAUGAAAAAGCAAUUGAAGCAUCUUCAUGGGUUAAAAGUGGCGAAGUAAGAAUGGUUCGAUAUAAUGGAACGUAUGAAGACUGUCUUAUUGAAUUAGAAUGGGUCUCUUCCAAAGCUGAUAUGGAUUGUGGAACAUUAACUGUCCUCAAUUCAGACGGUAUAUCUACUAAAAUGCAAUUUCUAUUGAAUGAAAUAACAUGUGUAAUGUCAUGUAGUGAGCCAGGCCAUCCACGAUUAGCCAUUUAUUGUCCCCGUUUACCUAUAACAAUAUCUCCAUUAAAAUUGCAAUUUGCUGGCGAUACAGAACUUGAAGAUUGGCUUUCUCAUCUUUCAUCAGUAACUGCUCGCUUAAAUAAUGUUGAUGGAUGCCCAUCCAAAGAUUCAUUCUGGAUAACAAAUAAUCUCGGAGAAGUUUUUGUUUCUGAUCCACAAAACUUACGUGAAUCGCAGCAAAUAAUUGAAAGUGAACUUUUUACCCAAGAAAUUGAUGUUUCGGCUACAGAAACACCUUACUUAAUAAAAUUACCGAAUGGGAUGCCAUUUGGUUCUAUUUUAAAAAUUACUGGAUGUGUUUAUGACGAUGCUGAUCAAAUUCGUUUCGAUUUACAAGCUAAUGCAACUGUUAGAUUACGUCAUAAAUCAGAAUAUUUUAGAAAUAUGCCGCUUCAUAUAAAUCCACGAUUUCAUGAGAAAUGCAUUGUUCUCAAUUCAAUGGAAUUAUCAAAUUGGGAAAAUGAGAUUCGAGACUCAAAAAUGGUUUUUUCACCAGGCAAGGAAUUUGAAAUGAUUAUAAGGUCUGAAGUUUUAGGCUUUAAAAUUAUUGUUGAUGGAAAAGAUUUUACUGUCUUUAAACACCGAAGUCAGAAACCCGAUACGAUAGUAAGCUUGCAUUGUUCAGGUCGUGUUAAGCUUUUUAAUAUAAAAUAUGAAACAACGGAUAUAAUUUUGUCACUUAACGAACUAUUUUGGCGUCAAAUGGGCGGUCAUUUAAGAAAGGUUGAGACAUGCUCAAAUGGAAUUACUUGGGGUAUUAGCUAUGACCAUAAUUUGUGGUGCUUCACAAAAGGCUGGGGUGGCUUCUUGAAGGGUCUUGAAAUAAGCAAUGCUGGAAUCAAUAACAUGACUGAUACUCACCAUUAUUACAUCUAUGAAAAUCAGAGAUGGAAUCCUAUUUCAGGAUUUUCUACUGCAUCAUUGCCAACAGACCGACAUUUGUGGAGUGACGUAACAGGAAAGCACAAAAGAAGUAAAGAGUUUAAUAAACUUUUAUCAAUGCACUGGCAAUUUAUAACAGAUUGGCUAGUAGAUUUUCAUGUGCCCGGAGGAUGUGAUCGAGAUGGAUGGCAAUAUGCAGUUGAUUUUCCUAUGACCUAUCAUGCCAAAAAGCAAUUUUCGGAUUUAGUAAGACGUCGUCGAUGGUAUAGAAAAGCUAGACUUAAUACAAAAGGGCCUUGGCAAGAAGUUGGACAGUCAAGGAUAAUUGAUGUUACAUUGCAAUAUUUUAAGGAUGAAAAUUUGACGGUUGCUUGGGCAAUAUCAGCAACAGGAGAUGCUUUGUUCAGAAGAAAUAUUUCGGAAUCAACUCCAAACGGAAAUUCUUGGGAGCAUAUUGAGUGUGAUGUUCCACUAAUCAGUAUCUCAUGUAAUAAUGAGAAUAAAGUUUGGGCUGUUACGAAAAGUGGUGGAAUGUUCUUCCGACAAGGAAUUACUUUUGAUAAUUUAACAGGAACGGCUUGGAAGAGAAUUGAUGCUCCUUCAAAUAUGCAAUUUAAGCAAGUAUCAUCUGGAAUUCAAGGCGUUUGGGCAUUAGAUACACAGUCAAGAUUAGCUGUGCGCAUGCAAAUUAGUUCAUCAUGUCAUGAAGGAACUCACUGGCAAAUUAUCCCAAACAUCCCCAAUGAUCCUCCAAAUCAGGAUGAUGAAAUGAAUAUGGGAUUCAAAUGUGUGUCAGUUAGUAAAAUUGUUAUGGCCAUCUCUAAUUCAGGAUUUGUAUGCAAACGAAAUGGAAUAACAAGAGAUAAUAGAUGUGGCACUGGUUGGGAUAUUGGAAUUAUGGGAAACUUUAAUUACGUUAGUGUGAACGGAUAUUAUUAAUCUCAUUUAUAUCUCUGAAAAGCUCAACCAAUUAUUUUUAUCUUCAAGUGUGCCGUGUUUAAUUUGCAUCAACUUUAUUGUAUUAUGCUGUAUUUUAUGUUUAUUAAUUUAUAAUCUUGCAAAUAAAAUUAUAAAUCUUUUA